AAAAUGGGUAAUUGUUUGAGAAGUGAAAAACCCGACACCGAUAAACUAAACAUCGAUCGAACAAAUGCAUUAGAGGAGCUUCCUGUGCUGCAAAAUCCAAUGCAGCAGACACCACCACAAGAGCAAAUCCGUCCAGUGCCACAAAUACCCGAAAAUGAGACUUCCAGUUCGAAUGCUAAAAUAUUUGUGGCAUUGUAUGAUUAUGAUGCUAGAACUGAUGAGGAUUUGAGCUUUAGGAAAGGUGAACAUUUGGAAAUAUUGAAUGAUACACAGAUAAUGCAGACUACAACUGAAGAUUUAACAAUACACAAAAUUCUGCCUAACAGCUUCUUAGUUGAUAUUUCAUAUCAAAAUAAUUCUUUCAAGUGUGAAUUGAUUUUACAUUUCAGCGGGCGCAAGACCAUAACACUUUAUAGAUUUUGUUUUUCUUCAAUAUUGUUUGUUUAUGUAAGUUUAUAUAUAGAAGAAGAUAAAAUAAACUCCAAUACUGAUAUGAGUUUCAUUUUAUUGCUACCAAGCAAAUAAGUAGGUAUUUUUAUUUGAUUGAAGUUAAUGAGAAGUGCGGACCUCACGUAAGUACUUUAAAAUGACAUCUUCGAAUUUGUUCUACUUGAAAAAUUUGUCAGUCAACAUUGUAAAUUAAUGAACAGCAAUUAAGUAGAACAUUUAAAAUCAAACAUUUUCGUAGGUACUUGGUAUCUUAGUUAGCGGCUUUUUUAAAGAUUUUAUGUUCUUAUCGAUUUUUAUGCAUUGUUCGAUUUUUAUUUAUUUUGAGUUUGUAUCGUUAUCGUUGCUUUUGAACAAUUUAACAUAUUUUUUUCCAAUUUAUGCUGGACAUCUAGGCGCCUAAAAUAAUUUUUUUUUGUCUACACCUACCACAGUAGAACUGUGUUGUAGAUAAACAAAUUUUAAAGCAAAUAAUAUUGAUAUAUAAAACAAAGCCGUUUUAGCUACAUCAUUUAUAAAUGAAGAACUAUAUUUUUUUGUUUUUUGAUUUGUUGCAUUUGUUAUAGCUUGAGUUAAUUUUAUCAUAAAUUAUGUUUUCAGAUGUUUUUUUUUUGGAUAAUAUCUCGAGGAUAAAUUGACUUAUUUGAAAUUUCUUUUUUUGCUGACUUUGAUCUUGCAGUAGAUUAAGUCAUGACCAUUAUCUGGAAAAUCUGUUAUAUUGCAAGAAUGGUUCCUAAAUACCCAAUCGCAGUUCGCAAAACACUGACAGUCAUUCCAAAUCGAUGCAAAAAAUUAUUUCCUCGAAUCAUCAACAAUGUGUGUUG